CUCCCACAACCACUCAGCAGCAGUAGUAUCAUAAUAAUGUUAUUAUAAAUGUGGCGCCAAUCAAACAUCAGUUGAUCGCAGCUAGUAGUACUGGUACUGCUCAUACUGAAGAUAGUUAAUAAAUAUUUCGCAUUUCUAAAUGGAUGGAGCUCAGAGAAAUUUCAGUAUGAUGGCCGAGAAAAUCGAUAGAAUGCGAUGUUUAAGGGAACGAUGCGACAAUUAUGUUAGAUUAAUAAAACUAACACUUGAUGAAACAAUCAAAGAACAAAAUUCGCUUUUGGAUGGAUCAGCAAUUCAUAAUAGACUAAAAUACUUAGGCGUAUUAGAUAAACCUAAAUCAUUAUCAAACACAUUCAAUACUGAUAAAUAUCAUAAAAAUAUAGAUUAUAAUAACAAAUACAAGUAUUUGGUGUUUGAUGAUGAUUUGAGUCUUAGGCAACAUAAAAAUAAAUCUAACUUAAAUACAAAUGAUAUGUAUUUAUCAAAUGACUAUAGCAACUCUAAUACUAACUAUAAACCACAAGUUUAUGAUUAUUCCACAGUAUGUGAUGACCAGAAUAACGCAUAUUAUAUGCCAAUCAAUCAUAAGAAAUAUAGAAAACCAACGAACUUUCGAACAUUGAAUACUCGAGAAUACCAAGUAUAUUAUUUUCCUACAUCAAAACCUAUACCACAAUAUCCUCGACAAACCACUGAUAGAUUUUACAGACGAAAACCUAUUAAACAAUAUCCUGAAGAAGAAGUUCCUUAUUGGUCAACUCGGUAUCCAAAACCAGUAAGAGUUGUUGAACGAGAACCGUCGUAUUCAAUGAUUGAUUACGGUUACCGAAGUACAAAUGAUUAUCGCAUUGGCAAAUCAAAAUAUAUUGAACCAUAUUCAUCUGAACACCGUACAAGAUAUUAUUCAACAAACGAUAAUAAUAUUUAUCACGGCCUUGAUGAUAGUGAUUAUUAUUAUGAACCUCAUUUGGGGCAGCGAUCGUUUUCUAGUAUAACAAGACCAUGUUCACCCGUAUAUAAUCAAGAUAUUUUGUAUGAUAGACCUCUAUUAGAAAAUUCCAGCAGUUUACUCGAAAAAAAAAUCCGAGAUUAUGUAUGGAAUCCACACAAAGAACGUGUUGAAAAGUAUAUGACUCCAAGUUAUGAAAAAACCAAGUAUUACACUGAUUUUAAACCAUUAAAGAUUAAACACCAAGGAGACGAAACAUUCAGAACACGUUCAUUAUUAGGAUUAGAUUCCCGAGUACGCAAUCAAAGAAGCGAAGUAAUCAAUGAAAAUUCAUAUAAAAAUAACUCGAUACUUACGUCACCUGAAAAAAAAUCUGCAGAUGACGAAAUUCUUCAAUCGCAUGAAGACAAUGAUCAUUACACUGAAUACAUAUUAAAUAAAAAAAAAACUGAAAGUCCAUCGACUUUACCAAAGCGAAUUAGUUUUGAUCUCGGUAAUGACCAUAUUGAUCUACCUAUUCAUACAAAUUCAAUCGGAGAAAAUACUAAUGACAAUUAUAUCACGAAAGACCAUAAAUUAAUUUUAGAAAGAAAAGAAUCAAAUACGAAAGUCGAUGAUAAGCGUCGAAAAUCGUUAUUAUCAAAUGAUAAUUAUUCAAUUCCAAUAAACAAACAACGAGUUUCACCAAGUGAUAUAAAUGUAAGUUCAAGAAGACAGUCUUUAAGUAAACAAGAAAAGUUAGCUUCAAUCGGAAAUUCUUUUGAAUCUGAAAAAUAUUUAAAUUUGAAAAAUAAUUAUCAAGGAAAUGAUUUGAGUUUAUCAGAAAAAAAUGUUCAUUCUUAUAAUAAUGAUAAAAUAAAUUAUGAUAAUAAUAAUGAUAUUCAGAGUUACUCGAAAACCCCAGAUGAUAAAAACAAUGUUGUGCUUAAAGAUGAAAAUACAUAUCGUGAUCUCAGACGUGAUAGUAAUGAUAAUAAUAGAAAAAAAUCAUUAGAGAUUACAGAUAAAAACAAUUUUAGUUAUCAAGAUCACACAGAAAAUACUAAAAAUAAAAGGGAUAUAUUAAAUGUCACUCGACGAAAAGAAAGUUACAAAGGCGAACAAAAAUCGAAAAUAGAAAAUACUCGUGGAAAUACAAGUUUGAAUGAUGUGGAUAAUAAAUUAGACACUUUCGACAACGAAUAUAAUAACAAAAAUGUUACAAAUGUAUCACCUAAAAAUAAAAUUAGCUCACCCAUAAUUGAUCAUAGUAAUGGUAUGAAUAAUACGAACAAAUACAAUAUGGACGAAUAUGAAACUGAGCACAUUCAACAAUUUACUAAAAAUGAUAGUGGGGAAAAACGAAAAAAUUCUGAAACUAUUCAACCAUAUAAUAAUGUUGUUAAUGAUUUAAAUGAUGAAAUAGGUAACUCUAAUAUCGUUACACAAGUUAGUUCUGAUUUCAAAACAAUUCCUGAAGUCCAAGAUUCAACACAUGGAGUUUCGAUGAACGAGCUUACGAAUGAUAUAAAUUAUUACCAAGAUCAUUCUGAUGACAACCAUAUAAAAGAACACCCAACUCAUGGGUAUGAGACACAACCGGAACAUGUUGCUAACGAUAAUCAUUUUUAUCCAGACGUUAUUGAUGAUAAUAAAGAAAUCAUAACACACAACAACAUCGAACCCAUUCAACAAAACAAUUUUGAUAAGGACAGCAAUGUACACGAUGAGUAUUAUUAUCAAAAUCCUACAGACGACAAAGAAGAAAAUCUAAUAGAAAACCAAUACGAGAAUCCCGAUUCCCAAGUAAAUAAUGUCGACAACCAACACACGAAUGAUGAUUAUUAUUAUCAGAAUUAUUCUAAUGUUGACCCAAAAGAACAACAAGAAAAUCAAUAUUCCGAACCUGGUGUAGAAGGAGAAUAUACAGGCGAGCACGUCGAGCACGAUGAUUAUUACUAUCAAAAUCAUGUAAGAGAUGACAUAAAAAAUCAGCAAGGAGAUCAGCAGUAUGUUGACCCUAACUAUCAGGGAAAUUACGUCGAUCAGACACCGACUCACGAUGACUAUUAUUAUCAAAACUAUUCUAAUAUUGACCCAAAAGCACAACCAGAAAAUCAAUACACCGAAUCUGAUCACCAAGGAGAAUACGUAGCUGAACAAAUGGAUCGUGACGAUUACUAUUACCAAAAUCACCCAGAGGAAGGUACAAAUGAAAAUCAAAUCGAUCAGCACUAUCAGGAGCAUCAAGGAAAUUACGUCAGUGGAGAGCAGGAUAAUUAUUAUUAUGAGAAUAAUUCUAAUGUAAACUUAGAAAGGCAUCCCGAAGGCCAAUAUGACGAACAUGCUCAACAGGAAACAUAUGCAGGUGAACAACACGCAAAUGACGGUUACUAUUAUCAAGAAGGCGAUACGAACUACAACGAUUCUGUCCCCAAAGAACAGUAUGAUGGUUAUGUUGAUAACAAUCACGACGCUAAUGUCGCUUAUUAUCCAGAAUCAAAUGUCGAACACUAUGAUCAGCAACAACAUGAUUAUGAAAACAAUAGUUACCCUACACAAAAAGUAGACUACAUAGAACCGUAUGAGCAAAAUUCUAGAAAUGAAAAUAAUGAUUAUUCCGAAAACGUCGAUGGAAGUCAACCAACGAGUCAAAUUACCAACGAACAAAAAUAAUUUUCCUAUUAACGACGAUCAAUUAAAAAAUAAUACUUAAGUACUACUUAUCUAUUAAUUAUAAAAAUAAUAUUUAUGUUUAUUUUUAGAAAAAAAGUAACCCGGUCUUGUUACUAUCGUUUUAAGCGGAAUUUAUUGUAAAAUAAAUCGUAAUACUGAAUCAUUUAGUACAUUUAUUUUAAUAAAAUUAAGGCGAUUUGAAAUUGUAGUUGUUACAAAUAGUACAGGUACAGUUAAUAGUUGUACGUGUAAAAAGUCCAUAUUAUUCAUUUCUUUGUAUAGCUAUAUGUUUAUUAUACUUAUAAUCACGAUAAAAAAAAU